UCUCUCUCUCAACGACACAAACCAUCUAUUUCCUCACUUCACUCUUCUUCUUUGUUUGUAUUACCACCCAUGGCAAGGGAGACAAGUGCUUCAUUUUUUGCAUGGAUAAUGGCUACUGGGUUGCUCUUCCAGGGCUUGGUCCUUCCUGCUAUGUCCAUUCGCUUUGAAGAUAAAAAAACCUACUACUCUCCUAACCCACAUUCUGGAACUCCUCCUUCAGGCUCACACGGGAGUCCACCCCAUGGAAAUACACCAUCGUAUGGUUCACCACCCUCUCACCAUGGAGGAAGCCACAAUCCAGGCUCACACGGGAGUCCACCCCAUGGAAAUACACCAUCGUAUGGUUCACCACCCUCUCACCAUGGAGGAAGCCACAAUCCAACCCCAUCACAUGGAGGAAGCUACAAUCCAACUCCAUCUUCGCCAUCGCCACCUUCUAACUGUGGAAGUCCACCACACGAACCCGUCACACCCUCAACCCCCUCAACGCCAUCAAACCCUCCUUCAGGAUAUUACCAAUCUCCUCCACCUUCUGGUGGUUAUAGUCCUCCUGUUAUUGUUAGCCCACCGUAUGAUCCAGGCACCCCGACAAUUCCCUCACCUCCAUUCUCACCCAUUCCUGGCACAUGCACUUACUGGAGUAAUCAUCCCACUUUGAUAUGGGGUGUGCUGGGCUGGUGGGGUACAUUGGGCCAUGCAUUCGGAGUGACUAGCGCUCCUGGUUUCAGCCCCAACAUGAGCUUGCAGCAAGCACUUUCCAACAAUCUUAGUGAUGGUUAUGGAGCACUUUACCGGGAAGGGACUGCAUCGUGGCUCAACUCCUUGGUUAAUCACAGGUUCCCUUUCACAACUGACCAAGUCAGGCAGAGCUUCGUGUCGGCAAUCCACUCAGAGAAGACUGCAGCAGCUCAAGCUCAACUCUUCAAGUCGGCAAAUGAGGGCCGCUUCAGGCCCAGAGGUUGAAUAAUAACUUCAUUAUUUGGCAUGUUUAUUUUUCCAACUUUCAGUUUGUGGAAGCAUUAUAUAUCUAUGGGGUGUGCUAUUUUGUUAAGAAUAUCAAGUCUUUCUACUAUCUUAUCAUUAUCAGUCACGUUACAGUAUUAUAAUUUCAAGAUGCUUUGUUGUUUAAUUGUUUAGUUUAUGCUACCUAGUCUUGAAUAAUAUUUUUUGGUUUAGAUUA